GCUGCUGCUGAUGCUGCUCGCUGGAGGACUGAAGUGCGGAGCCCACAAAGACCCUCCCGCAGACCCUGCGGCUGCCCAUGAUUGCUAUGCACCCCGCUGGAAGCGCUCCCGGUGCAGCUCAACCCAGAUUUUGUUCGGGCUGCUGUGCGGCCUGGCAACCCUCUUGGUUCUCAGCUUCCUGGCCAGCCUCCGCCGUGAGGACCCCCUCUCGCUGGACCCCCGGAUGGGGAGCGGUGUGGGGGAGCAAUACACAGACACUUUGCUCCAGCCUCCCCCCAAUGCCUUCCCGCUUUCCCCAUCGCCCUGUGCCCUGAACGCCCCCUGGCUACUGGUGCUGGUGGCCAGUGCACCUGGGCAUGCGGCCCGGCGUGCGGGGGUGCGGCGCAGUUGGGGGGGUGCGCGGGUAGCAGGGGGGCACAGUGUGCACACGGUUUUCACAGUGGGGCUGCCGGGAGAUGUGGCACAGCAGGCAGCACUGGAGCGCGAGGCGGCCGAGCAUGGGGACCUGUUGCAGGCGCGCUUUGCCGACACCUACACAAACCUAACCCUGAAGACACUGGCAAUGCUGGGCUGGGCCACCACCCGUUGUCCCACCGCCCGCUUCCUGCUCAAGACCGAUGAUGACGUCUUCCUGAACCUGCCGGCCCUGGCGCGACACCUGGAGCAGUUAGCCAGCCCACUUGCUGCUUAUCUGGGCUAUGUCUACUCACACA